AUGCCAAAAUAUUAUACUUGGAAUAAAUCCUCAAGGAAAUUUAUACGACGGAAAAAAGGAAAACCAAUUCAAGAAUACCCAGAUGUAUAUUCCACCGAUGUGAUUGGUCGAAUUUAUUCAGUACAUCCCAGCAAUGAUGAAUGUUUUUAUUUACGACUGCUAUUAGUCAAUGUACGUGGCCCAACAUCAUUCCAAUGUUUACGAACUGUUGAUGGUGAAUUGUGUGGAUCCUACAGAGAAGCCUGUCAACGUUUGCAAUUGCCAGAAAAUGACGAUCAUUGGGAUCAAACUCUAAAUGAUGCUGUAAUAUCAUCAAGUGCUCAACAAAUACGAACAUUGUUUUCUAUAAUCAUAUGUACAUGCUACCCAUCAAAGCCAAUCGAUUUGUGGAUCAAGUCCAAGGAUCAUAUGUGUGAUGAUAUUUUGCCUGAUCGCGCCCAAUCGCCCAAUGAUCGUCCGCAUGAUGUUUUUAACCAAGAGGUGCACCGAGAAAAAACGUAUGAUCUCAACACUUUGAAAGAAUUAAUUCAAAAAAAUCUUCCACUGUUGAAUGAACAACAGAAGUAUGUAUUUGAUACUCUUACGAAAGUAACAAAUGAUGAUACUGAAGGGAUAUACUUCUUGGAUGCACCUGGUGGUACAGGAAAAACUUUUUUGAUUUCAUUAAUAUUAGCAACAAUUCGUUCACAAAAUAAAAUUGCACUUGCACUCGCUUCCUCGGGAAUCGCAGCAACUUUGCUUGAAGGUGGUCGAACAGCCCAUUCAGCACUAAAAUUGCCAUUAAAUAUGCAAAGCAAUGAAUUUCAAAGCUGCAACAUUUCGAAGAAAUCUGCAAUGGCAAAAGUUUUGCAGCAAUGUCAAUUGAUUGUUUGGGAUAAAUGCACGAUGGCACAUAAAAAAUCGUUGGAGGCUUUAGACAGAACCUUAAAAGAUAUACGGAGCAAUCAUAACCUAUUUGGUGGUGCAAUGAUUUUAUUAGCAGGAGAUUUUCGGCAAACAUUGCCAGUGAUUCCACGAUCAACGCCAGCUGAUGAACUCAAUGCAUGUCUAAAAUCCUCCAAUUUAUGGAAACAUGUCAAAAUACUUCAUUUAAGCAAGAAUAUGCGUGUCGAGUUGCAAAACGAUCAAUCUGGAAACAUAUUCUCUAAACAACUCAUUGACAUUGGUAAUGGCAAAUUUCCUGUAGACAUGUUGACUGGCUGCAUUAACUUUCCUCAAAGUUUUUGUCAGUUAACUCGUUCAAAAGAUGAACUUAUUCAAAAGGUGUAUCCAGAUAUUGCUCGCAAUUACAGAGACCAUGAUUGGUUUAGCGAACGAGCUAUAUUGGCUGCAAAAAACAUAGAUGUAAAUGAAUUAAAUUUCAAAAUUCAAGAACAAAUUACAGGUGAAUCGAGGAUAUAUAAAUCAGUUGAUUCGGCAACUAACCAAGAUGAUGUAGCCAACUAUCCACCGGAAUUUUUAAACUCGCUGGAUUUACCAGGAUUGCCACCUCACAAUCUUAAAUUAAAGGUUGGAUCGGUAGUUAUAAUGUUGCGAAAUAUCGACCAACCGCGUCUGUGCAACGGCACACGAUUAGCGAUAAAAAAAUUACUGAACAACGUGAUAGAAGCAACUAUACUGAAAGGAAAGUAUAAAGGAGAGGAUGUUCUCAUACCGUGCAUCCCAAUGAUUCCGACUGAUGUGCCAUUUGAGUUUAAACGACUACAGUUUCCAGUGCGGCUUGCUUUUGCUAUGACUAUAAACAAGUCCCAGGGGCAAUCAUUAAGUGUUUGUGAAAACACUAUUAAUUUGGAAAACCCAUGUUUCUCACAUGGUCAAUUAUAUGUUGCCUGUUCCCGUGUUGGGAAACCAUCAGAUUUGUUUCUCUAUGCGCCAGGUGAUCAAACAAAAAAUAUCGUAUACCACAAAGCACUACAAUGA